AUGUGGAGAUUUUUAGAUCUUUCAAGUCUGGGAGAUGCAGAUCCACUGCAGUUGCUAGACGACCUAACAGAGGUGGUCUUGGAGAAAGUGGAACUGACGGGGGACGAGAUCGAGCGCAUGGUGAAAUUCAUCCGCCCCCUCUUCUCCGAGUUCUUCCUCAGCCUUGGCAACUACUCCUCACCACUUGACAGAAGCAAGAAGUUCCUUGUGAAUUACAGUCAGUGUAUGGAAGAGGUGCUCGUCUCCUUCGAUGGAUGGCUCGAUUUGACUCAGAAGUCUCGAACGAAAAUCUUUGGAAAUCUAACGUCAAUCCUUGCCGACUGCGGACUGCCGUUGUUGGAUAAACUCUUCCUCAACCAAACCGAAUUGGAGUUUCGGAGGUCCACGUCCGUCCUUACGGUUGAGCUUCGGAGCGGGAAGAGAGGGACCUUGCUCGACGAUGUCGUUUUUCCCUCGGCAGAAAGCGACACGUACUUGACGCUGCCGGCAAGUUUUCAGGAGGAUGUCGGUGGCGACCAUUACUCCUACGUCGGCGCGCUGUAUCAAGUUCGAGAUAUGGAUGCAUUGCUUCCGGGAAAUCAAAACUCGUUUGGAGGAAACAAUGCGGUGAAUUCAAGACUGCUUAGCUUCUCUGCGAAGGUCAAGACGACCGUCAACCUAACCGUUCCGGCUACCCUGACCUUUCGAAACACCAGGUCACCACGCUCUCCGCCUUACGAAGAAAUCUGGCGGCACAUUCACGACGGAGAGGAGCCCACCUUCAUCCCUCAAACCUAUCGGUGCACCUUCUGGAACGUCAACGCAUUAGCUUGGGACACGGAGGGUCUUCGCGAGGUUUCGUCGGAUCACGACAUCACAGUCUGUCAGUCGCACCACCUAACCGAUUUCGCAGUUCUCAUGAGCAUCCACGGCUACGUGAGAGAAUGCGAAGUGGCAGCUGUCUUCCUUUACUUUGCCUUCCUCUGUGCCUUCACGUGGAUGGCUCUGGAAGGAUGGCGCUUGCGAAACCCUACCGCGAGGAAGCAGGAGGGGAGGAAUGAGUUUAGAUACUACCUCGCGGUAGGGUACGCGGUGCCGGUGGGGAUUGUAGUCAUCACGGCUGGUGUGGCCUUCGGCACUGGGGCACGUGGAUACGGCGAGGGAGAAUUUUGCUGGCUAUCCUCACCGGGUUACAUCUGGGCAUUUGCGGUUCCAGUCCUCCUGGUCGUCGUUGCCAACUCAAUAAUUCUGUUUCGGGUGGUGGACGCUGUGAAACGGCAAAAGAGGAAUCUAAGUGUGAUGCGGAGGCAUCAGUCAGGAGUGACAAAACUGGGCAGCACGAUGCGGGUAUUCUCCCUCACGAUUCUCCUCGGAUGCGGCUGGCUGCUGGGGGUCCUGCAGAUGGAGGUCUCGCCGAUCUUCGCUUACUUCUUCGUCAUCGUUGGCUGUUCGCAAGGUAUCGGGAUCUUCAUAUUCUACUGCUACAGAGACCCAAACAUGAGAGAAAUGCUGAUAAGCUACGCGCACACCAUGCUAUGCCACAAGCCCACAAAUAUGACUAGUGGCGUUCCAAGCAGGAAGGCAGGGAAGAGCGAGAUGAAGGAAGGAAUCGGGACGUCAGUAGGGUCCACAUUGAGCCCUCAAACAGUCACGUCUUCUGAUUAAUAUUUCUGAUGCAAUUCACCCGUUUGUCGAUAGAACUUUUUUUUCAAAAACAAAUUUGCUCAGUAAACG